GUAGAAUAUUGUUGACACUUGUAUCCUGAAUAUUUUACUUUCUCUAAAGCAGAACAACAAAUCUUUCAUCCGCUGACUUUAAGUGAAUUCAUGACUGAUGUACCAGUCAUUUAGCUGUUGAUUUUCUGUGCUGUGUGUGAACGAAUCGCUGGAAUUAUACGGUUUACCGUCAAAAAUUUAUGUGCCAAAGACUGGACUCUACUGCAGCCGUAACCAUGGGGAAGACAAAAAAUGAAAGUUUUGACGAAAUCGUGUUGCGAAUUCCUUUCGUACGGAUGGCAGUAGUCACAGUGUCGUUACCAUUAUUUUCACUGUUAUAUUGUCUCAUCACGUCUGUCAUCUUUAAGCCCGAUGAAGUAAAUGAAACUAUGUGUAGCGUUGAUAACUUCAUUCCAUCUGUCAGUGCUGUUACUGGUGUGCAGCCACAGUGUUAUGUUUGGAGAAUCUGUAUUGCUCUUCACUGCACUCCCAGAUUUGCUGUAGCUGUCAUGUACUACAACAUGUAUAAAACGAACAUUCAUUACAUCUCUGAAAAGAACCAACCGCUGUAUCUGAAAUUGAUGCGACUGAACUUCUGGUUGAAUCUUGUGGAAAAUAGCUGUUUGGUUGCUGUGACAUAUAUUUCUAACAGAGAUAAUUAUCCUGUGCAUGAGAAGAUAUUUGUAGUCUUCAUGGUGACCUCUUUGUGUUACAUGCUACUCAAUACAAUCUUAUUCAAAUGGUCCAGACCAGGGCAGAUGACUGAUAUAGAACAAAGGUCAUACUGGUGGAAAAAGGUCUUGUUUAUUGCUAUCAUGAUGUCAACAGUUGGUCUGCUUAUCUUUUUCUACCAACACAGAGUUCUCUGUCUUCCAAGGGCAUUCAGCUGGUUCUCACUGUGUGAGUAUGGGAUAGCCUUUACCAACAUGGGUUACCAUGUUACUGCAGCGUUUGAGUUCAAGGAUAAGAGCAUCGUGGCUGGAUGUGGUCAUAUGGGCCAUACCACCAAUGGGAAACUCGUCAACAAUGACCACAAGAAGAGAGCAUGAUACAGGAAUGUGGCUUAGGUUUUUAGAUUGAUGUAUAUUUAUGUUUUAGCUCAUCUCUUACAAGUUGUCUCUGGAAUGCCAAAUCCCUCUGUUCUCAUUUUGCAUCUAACAGUAGGUCAACAUCGUUACUCGCUCCACACUCCCAUGGUUAAUCAGAUUUAUUUAUCAGUUAAAAUAUGUUGUUUUGUAUUACUGUAUUAGACAUUGAGAGCUCUUUAAGGAGUCAUUCUUUCAUCUAUUCAGCAGACACCUAAUGGCAAUGGUCAGCUGCAUUAAAUGAGCUGGUAUUAAAAGGUUGGUUAAAAUUUACUGGGCACCGUUUUUUGAAAAACUGAAGCUGUUAUGAUUUAAAAGUAGCAUGAUAACCCUGUUGAAUUUUUGUGUAUAUGAUUGUUUAUAUCAGUUGAUUUUGUUUUAACAUAUAAGAAUAAUCAAAAUUUGACGAGUGUUACCAUAAAAUGGUAGACUACUCUAUCUGAUAACAUUUGUGCACAGUAUUCUGUACUUAUCAAGAAUUCUUCCCUAACCAGCUUUUGUUUUAAGUUGUAAUAGGCAUAAGUAUAAGUUAUAGUGUUAACAAAUUUUCAGAAGCCCCAGACAAUGUAUCUGGCAAAAUAAUACUAAGAUGCAGAUAUUUGGAAAGAGGGCUGGGCAUUUCUAGCUAAAUGCACAUGUGAAGCAUUGACUACAUGAUGUGACACCUUUCCAUCAACACUUCCUUAACUUACACCUCAGGUGUAGUUUAUGUGACCAAAAUUAUUAACCUAUUGAUCCUCACAUAAUUAUGAUAUAAGUGCAUUGUGUAUAUAAAACACAUGGCAUACCUAGACCAGUAUGAUUGUGUUAUUAUUGAAGUUUUACCAUUUAUAUUGUGGAUCAGGAAUGUUCUCAAAUCUGUGGUAUUUUGCAAAAGCAGUUUGUUUUAAAUGAGACCUGAUAUUUCAAUCCCGAACAGAAAAUUGUGUGUGAUCCUGCUUCAGUAUCAAAAUGUGAAACGAACCCACAUUUUCUGAUGUCUUUAUGAUGACUGACUAAAGCUUAUAUUUGUAUAUGUUUUCUGCUUUAAUAAUCUGCAUAACAUGUACCCUUGAAUCUGCUGAAUAUGUGUUUGCAUUGGUAAUACGUCCUUCGAUGUCAAGAAAAUAUGUAUUCUUAUACAUCCCUUAUUCUGAUAUUACAUUUUAAAGAAACUGAAGAAUGUCAUUGUACGCUAUAGAAUGCAAAGCAUUUGAAUCAAAACGUUUUAGAACUUGUGCAAUACCUUUGGUGAUAGACAAUGAAAGUCUGUAGUAAAUGUCAACCCUCAUCAGUACUUUGUCAAAAUUCAAUCUUUAUCACAAAUUUAAACUUUCAAAAAGAUUUUUAAUAUUGGUGGGUACAAAUUUUUAACAAUUCAUAUAUUUAAGAAUCUAAGCCUUCAUGCUCCAGUGCAUUGCCACCAUACUCACUGUCAGUCCAUUCUAAAACAAGAAGUUUUGGCCAGGAUAAGUACGUGUAUAUGAUUUGAAUUCAAUCUGCCAAUUAUUCUGAAACAGGCCACUGAUUCAGAUAAGAUUUCUGAUUGCAUACAUGUAUACUGUAAGAAACACUGUACCAUGUGCAUGUUACAUUUGUAUCUCCUGCAUCUCUCAGUAGCUUGAGUGCCCAGAUAUUCUUGCCUUGGAUGGCAUUAACCCAUAGAGGGUGAAGUCUUGGUGAUAUGAUGCAUUGUGUUACUCAGUAGCUUCCAGUGGAAGGAGGAGUCGUUAACGUGUACCCAUCCAACUGAUUUAGAAACAUGUCUGUUGCCUUAUGUGUUGUUGUUGUGAGCUGAAGGAUUCAAUGUAAGCCUGAAGUACAUAUACAUUUGAUAUUUACAGUUUGUGUAGAAUAUGUAGGAAAACCCCUCCAACAGUUUAAUAUCCAAUAUAUACCUAUGUAACGCCUAUAUUUUAAUGACCUGUAUACUUGUGUAAAACUGUUGAUUCUUUCUAAACAUGUACAUGAACCUUUAUGCUCAACCAUUAUAUAUUUUAAAAUUUCUGCAUGGUAGAGACAUGUGUUGUGUGUUCCAUAGAGUACAUAGAUUUCCAUUUUACAAUUUAUAAUCAUUACACAGUAUAUCUGGCCUGAUAUUACAUGUAUUUUCUAAUAUACUGUGCUUGGGCCAAACAUUGCGAGCUUAUACAUUUGUGGCUGGUGAGCCCCCAGUUGUGGCUCAACUGUGAGCAGUGUCUGGUGAGCCUACAAAUUGUGGCUCAACUGUGAGCAGUGUCUGGUGACACACUGUAGACAGUGCCAGGUGAGUUUACAGUGGUGGCGGAACUGUAGACAAUGUUUGGUGAGUUAACAUUUGUGACAGAACUAUAGACAAUGUGUGGGGAGUUCACAGUUGUGACUGAACUGUAGACAAUUUCAGGUAAGCUGAUAGUUGUGGCUGAACUGUAGACAAUGCCAGGUGAGCUUACAGUUGUGGCUGAACUGUAGACAAUGUUUGGUGAGUUAACAGUUGUGGCUGAACUGUAGACAAUUUCAGGUAAGCUUAUAGUUGUGGCUGAACUGUAGACAAUGCCAGGUGAGCUUACAGUUGUGGCUGAACUGUAGACAAUAUCAGGUGAGCGUACAGUUGUGGCUGAACUGUAGACAAUGCCAGGUGAGCUUACAGUUGCGGCUGAACUGUAGACAAUGCCAGGUAAGCUUAUAGUUGUGACUGAACUGUAGACAAUAUCAGGUGAGUUUACAGUUGUGGCUGAACUGUAGACAAUUUCAGGUAAGCUUAUAGUUGUGGCUGAACUGUAGACAAUAUCAGGUGAGCUUACAGUUGUGGCUGAACUGUGGACAAUAUCAGGUAAGCUUACAGUUGUGGCUGAACUGUAGACAAUAUCAGGUGAGCUUUCAGUUGUAGCUGAACUGUAGACAAUACCAUGUGAGCUUACAGUUCUUGGACAAAUGUGACCAAUGUUUGACCUAACACUUGUGGCUCAAAUGUUAUUAAUGCCAGGUGACCUAACAGUUGUGGUUAAACUUUGGGAAUAUCUACAAAGCAUCGUAAUUGUGAAUCUGUUGUGAGGUCAGUGGCUGUUAUUUUGCUUUGAGUAUAGCCUGUAUUGUGAUUACAGGAAAACUGGUGUUACUGGAGCUUGCAGUGAUUGGGUGUCAACUAUUUUGCAAUGUGGAGAGUGGUGAGCAAGCUGUAGGGACUGUUGAGCAUGUUAAUGUUGUACCAUAGCAUUAUCAGGUGUUCUAUUUGAUGGCUCCAGUCAAUACUCGCUAAUUUCUCAUGUGAUGUACUGGUAUAUUGAUUGUUGGUAGCACAUGUAUCUCAUUAUGUAUGUCACUUUGAUGCCAGUGAUUCUGACAAACCAGAAAGGAAUUGUGGCAGGUUAUUACAGGGAUAAUAUGAUUGUGUUGUGACUGUCGUUCUGUGUUUUCAGGGUGUUUCUGUGAUCGUAGUUGUAAGCUUGUUACAUUUUGAUGUUCAUUUAUACAUGUGUACAGAUUCCUCAUGUGAAGAGCCCAUGUACAACUGAUAACUGAUAACAUGUCCAGCUUGAGGUAGAAGAACAAAUUAGCCAGGCUUCUACACAACAUUGAACACUUUCAUAUCUAAUUUUGCCACAACAGCCAGCAGAUAUGGCUACAUUGAGAGCAGUGUGUAGUUCCAAGUAAUUAUUGUGUGCUUUUACAAGACGUUGAUUGGAUCAAUCGUUUUAUCAAGAUAAAAAGCUCUAAACUCGUCUGAAGUUUUCCCCUUAAUAACAGUGUGAUCAAAUGCAGUUCAGCAGGCUGGAAUUAUCAGACAAUAUUAUAUAAGUAUAUUAUUGAUUUGUGUAUUGUUAGUUGUUAUGGCAACAUGUGUAACCUAAUCAAAGGCUUUUAUCAACGAUGCAAGUGAAAGCAUCUUAGAGUAUCAGUAUAAUUUCAGCCUUGCCAAUAGUAUAAAGGUAAAUUUGUAAUCUAUAUUUUCAGCUGUAAAUACUAUAGUGAAUAACAUGUAUAAUAAAAACCGGGCGCAUGCAAAGUCUAAAAGUGUUUAAUGGAAGAUGUACUGGUGGUUUUCAGUAAGUCUCAGAAAUAUUCAAAGAUACAACUAUUACAAUGUGGAAGCUUUAAUACAAGUGACAUUUACAGCUUUCAGAUUUUUUAGAAUUGGUUUCUGUUCUUUUUCUGUGUUGAACAUGCAUUUUGAUGGCAUUAAAACAGCUUUUUGUUACCAAUAUGUAUAUACAAAUAAUCAGAAGUUUUUUUUUUGCGAAUUAAUUUCCAAAUAUAGAACAAAAGUAUUCAGACAUGUUAAAGUCUCACAUACUUUGCUAACGAUAAACAAAUGUGCAUACUUUCUGUAGAUAGUAAGUGAACAAUUCCUUUCAGUGUUAUCAUUGGUUUUUGUUCAAUUGUUCACAUGUAAACUUAAUAGAAGCAUUAAUUAAUUAACCUGAAAAAUAUUCUAUUGAAAAGAUUUUAUGAAAUUGAUCAUUCAGUUUGUAGUUUACAUAUCCAUAUUAGUUAUUGUCACUAAUUGUUAUUUAUUUGAUUGAUGUUUUACCCAAUACUCAAGAAUAAUGGACUGAUGAGAUGGAUGCCAGGUUUAUAGACAAAAAAAUUGAGCGGACCAACAAAAAAGUAGAAACAGGAAAAAGCAUUUCGAACAAUGUGGAUCAUUGACACAAAAACAUGUUGGACACUCUAGUUAACAGAUUCAGAAAAAGUCAUCUUCAAUAACCUAACCAAAUUAUUACUGAAUUGAGACAAAACAAAUGUUUUGGACAAUGCAAAUCCUUGGGCUUUUAAAACAAUAUUUUGAGCAAAGCAGUUUUAAGUGUCAGAGCUGUACAUGUAAUGUUAGUGUGAUAAGCAAAAAAAACUGAUGUAAAGGAAUGUUAUUUCAUUAAAAGUACUUCACCUGGAUGAUGUUGAUGUGUUGAUACCAGUUGUGAGAAAUUGGAAUGGUUUAUGCAUCCAGUGUAAAGGAAUAGUUGGAAAAAAUUACAGGUCUCAUGAAAACUUUUAACUGAUCUCAACAAUUUUUCUAAGCCAUUUGUCAAAAACAUUUUCCAUGCAUUACAACACUUUUCAGGUCUUGAGGUUUUAACUGAGAAGCCAAGUGUGUAUGUGUGACGUGCUGAGAGUAUCCCCAGUGCAUACUUUAUUUACAUUUAUUUUCUUGUACCAGUAUUCAUGUAACCUGUAGGCUUACAUAAGCAUGAAAUACAGCCUUAGGCUUUACGUGUACAGAAGAAAGACUGCAAUUUGCAACCGUAAAAUUUAAACUUUGAAGUUUUUUAGUUUUUGGUGACCUUGGACAACUUACUUGCAGUCAAUACAAUUACAGCUUUUUUAAUUAGUGUUAAAUAAUUCUCUCAUUAAAUCAACUUGAGCCCACCUAUGUUAUAUUCGUCUUGCCAUUAUAUUUCAUCAGGGAACUGACCUUGUUCUACAUUCUCAUGUUAUUGCAGUAUUUGUGUAAACCAUAAUUUACAUAAAUUCAGUCUUGUUACAGUUUGUCAGUGAAUAGUUGUCAAAGUCUUUGUUACCAUUAUAUGGCUGCUAUGUUGCCAAUGGGGUGUAUAGCUACGUUCAUUCAGAUUUUACAUUUUUGUAAUUCAGUGUUAAUGUUACCUGUUUGUAUCUCAGUUUAUUAAAUACCAUGAGACAUGUGCAUGUAUUAUUGAUGAUGUGUAUGAAGAAGUAUAAUAUAGCAGUGAGUAUCCAAUAAGCAUAGUGGUCAGUCACUCAGAUAUGUCAGAUAUACAUAUAUGGGAAUAGUUAUGGUUUACAUGUACAGUCUAUGAUACUACAUCUGUGGUUCUGGUCAUAGGAGUGAUGUUUUCUGAUGUUUAGGCCUGACUUUACAGUCGUUACAAAGUUCAUGUGUAUGUAAAUACAGAAAGUAGUACUUUGUACAUAAUACAAUUCAUAAACGGUUUAAGCGACUUUUUGUUACCAUAUUGUGAUAGAUGUCCUGUGUAAUUAGUCAAUAAAAGCUGCAGUGCAGUCUUUUCAAGUUGGCAUCCUUGUGUCAUGUUAUGUGGUUGCUUCAGAACUCAUGGAAUGGUGUAUUCAAGGAAUAUCAUCUAUUCUGCUUACCUUAAUUCCUCAACCUUCUCACAUAUAAAAGAGUAUCUUUCAAUGCAAUUUAUGCAGGUUUUCAAUUUGAUUUUGGAGACAAAGAUACGUUUGUGUGGUUGACCAAUUUCAGGGCGUCACAAAAGUGUAUCUCCAUUAAUCUGUACAGUGAGAACAGGAAUUUAUGCAUUUCACGUCCAAGGCUAUGUCUGAAGUCGCUUGCUGCUACUCCUGGAACAAUAUAAUUAAAGCAAACAUAGAUAAAAUGUUUGAGUAACAUUAUUUGAGACUUAAACAAAAAAACAGCAGUUGAUCUAG